AUGGUCGACGGCGAGCCUGAACUCAGACUGCACAACGCCCUGGCGAGUAGUGCAUCAGUCUACCUCCGUGCACAUAAAGACAAUCCCGUAGCCUGGCAAGAAUGGACGCCGAAAACUCUGUCUCUCGCAAAGCGCUACCAGAAACUUAUAUUUUUGAGUAUCGGCUACAAUGCAUGCCACUGGUGUCAUGUCAUGGAACGAGAGUCAUUUAGCUCUCCCGACGUGGCCGAGAUUCUUAACGAUUCCUUCAUUCCCAUCAAGUUGGAUCGGGAGUCGCGGCCUGAUCUGGACGAUAUCUAUAUGAACUAUGUUACGGCAACAACGGGCUCCGGUGGCUGGCCUUUGAAUGUGUUCCUGACUCCAGACCUCAAACCUGUCUUUGGUGGUACAUACUGGCCAGGGCCCUCACCGACAACAAAUCUGAAACCAGCAACUCCUCAUGACGAGGCGCCUGUCACGUUCAUUGGGAUUCUCAAGAAGAUGAAAGAUGUCUGGGCAUCACAGCGCGAACGGUGUCUCCAAUCGUCGUCGGAAAUUACGGACCAGUUACUGGCGUUUGCCGGUGAGGGCAUUCAUUCCCAAUCCGACAGUCAAACUCGAGAAGCCGAACCCAGUUCAUCGGAUCCGCCCGAGCCACUGGAUCUGGACCUGCUGGAUGAUGCCUUGAGCCAUUUCAGUUCCCGCUACGACUCGACGUACGGAGGGUUUAGCCCCAGCCCUACGGCGCCGAAGUUCCCAACUCCCUCGAACCUCACCUUUCUUCUUCGAAUAGGAGCAGCCAUCGCACUGCCUUCCACCCAUACACGUUUUGGCUUCUUCAGCCCUGUCCCAGGAAUUCUGGGCCGGGAGUCAUGCCUCACCGCUGCAAGGAUGUCUCUACACACUCUGCUGGCCAUGUCAAGAUCAGGUCUAAGAGAUCAGCUGGGGUAUGGAUUCCAUCGGUACAGUGUCACCGCUGACUGGAAUCUCCCGCAUUUUGAGAAGAUGAUGUGCGACAACGCACAGCUUCUAGGGUGCUACUGCGAUGCCUGGGCACUAGGUCGGGAUCCCGAGAUUCUGGGCACGAUCUACAACCUCGUCGAAUAUUUUACGAAUCCCGAGUCCCCAAUCGUCCAUCCAGAGGGUGGCUGGUACUCGAGCGAAGACGCAGACUCGCGGACCACUCUAUCCAGCAUGAGCAAUGGAGCAAUGUCGGAUGACAAGAAGGAAGGCGCCUUCUAUGUAUGGACGUUCAAAGAGUUCCAGGCGAUUCUAGGUGAGGGUGACGCCGCCAUCUUGGCUCGGCACUUUGGCGUCAAACCGGAUGGCAAUGUGCCCGCGCAGCAUGACAUGCACGACGAAUUCCUGACCCAGAACGUGCUGCACAUCCAUGCCACCCCGUCCAUAUUGGCCAAGGAAUUUGGCAUCUCAGAGGAGGAAGUCGUGCGGAUCGUCAAAUCCGGCCGUGCAAAACUACGCGAGCACCGCAAGACGAAACGCGAAAAGCCAGAGGUGGACACAAAAAUCAUCGCCUCGUGGAAUGGCCUUGCCAUUGCAGCCCUCGCCCGCGCAGCAAACACUCUAGCGACAAUCGACAAGCACCGCGCUGCCCGAUGCCAGGAUGCCGCGGAGAGAGCAGCAGCAUUCAUCCGGAAGAGCAUGUAUGAUGACACUACAGGACAGCUGGCGCGAGUAGUAGGGCUGCCAGCGUCGCAGCGCAGUCAAGAUGCCGAUACAACCAACAUUGCGUUUGUUGACGACUACGCAUAUCUUACCCUUGCGAAUCUGGCCUUGUACGACCUGACCCUGUCUCAACCAUACCUCGAUUGGGCCGUUCGGCUGCAGUCCUGCUUGGACGAGAGAUUCAACGCCAGCACCACCGGUGGAUACUUCCAGUGCCCCAGGCCCAGCGAUUCCUCGCCGCCCGAACAAAUCAUCCGCCUCAAGCCCGGCACGGACAACGCCCUCCCGUCUCCCAACGGCGUCAUCUGCACCAACCUGCUCUAUCUCUCUUCCUACAUCCAAUCCCAACACCCGUCGCAAUCCCAUUCCGAAGCGGCCGUGUACCUGUCUCGGGCGCGUGCGAUCUUGGACGCCUUCGCCGUCGAAAUCAUCCAGCACCCAUUCCUAUACGUCACGCUCUUGGGAGCAACUGUCAUGGAACAAGUCGGGGUGAAGACGAUCAUUGCGCCCAUGACGGCCAAAGAGAGUGAGCUGAGGAGGCUGAAGGGCUGGGGAAGGACGGUGGUACGGGGGAUCGUGUCAGAGGUGAUGAUCUGUACCAAGGACGGAGUGUGCCGGGCACUGAGGAGAGAAGAUCUCGAGGACGUUGACGACCUGGACGCCGAGGCUGAAGAGGAAAAGAGUCGUGCUCUAGGGAAGGUGGACAGUGUAUCUUCGGUUAGCGCGUUGAGACAAGCUGCUGUUCCGGCUUCGGCGUGA